AUGGGGUUCAAGAGGGGUGAUGUUAUUGAAGUAGCAAGCAAAGAUGAAGGAUUUGUUGGUUCAUAUUAUGAAGCAAUUGUGGUGUGUCAACCACUCAAGAAAGAUUACAUAGUACAGUAUAAAACCCUAAUGAGAGAUGAUCAUUCUGGUCCCUUGACUGAGUUUGUUACCCUUGAUGAACUCCGGCCCGUGCCACCGGAGAUUCCAGUGAGUAGAUUCGACGUGCAUGAUCGAGUAGAUGCUUAUAGUAAUGAUGGAUGGUGGGUUGGAAAAAUUACUGGUAAAAUUGGUGCUACGUACUUUGUAUACUUUGAAUUAAGUGGAGAUGAAUGUGGUUAUGGUAUUAGUGAUUUGAGAGUUCAUCAAGAUUGGGCUGAUGGAAAAUGGAUUUGUUCAAAAGAGGGUGCAAUUAGUGUUUGA